CGUCAGCACAGAUAAGGGAUCGAGUAGGGCCAGCCCCUGUAUUGUAUAGUGGUCGAAGAAACUCCCCUUGACAUAAUAACGUGCCAUGAUCGACCAACAUGUUGCGAUCACGAUCUCGGGCUACUGGUUCUCACGGAGCACGGCUGUUUCUUCAAGACCUAGUUGCCGGUCAAACUGCAACAAAUUGUUGCGAUGCCUCUUCGACUGACUUGGGCUCGACCAUCGAAAUUUCCUCCACGACCCUUGACACUGAUUCGAGUACGCGUACCACCCCUUUGCGGGGAAUGCGUGUUUCUUGUCUUCGUGUCUUAUUCCUUUUCCUUUUCCUUUAUCAUUGAUCUUCGACUAAAUUGAAACUAUCAGAGCUAGGUAUAAGGGGAGAAAGUUUCUUCGUAUUUGCUCUUUGUAUGGCUUUUUCUAUGGACCUUUUCCUGAUUCGGUAUGCUGUGAAGGAGAUAC